AUGGGCGAGGACGAGACGGCGCGCAAGCGCGCGAGGCUCGCCGCGCGCUUCGGGGAUGAAAACGCGCUCGAGAGUGGAUUCGGGGGGGGGGCGACGGCGUCGAGCGCGCGGGGGGGGGCGAAGCACGGGGAGGAUGGGCGCGAUGUGGGGUGUGGGAUUUCAAAAUCUGCAUCUGUCGCGACGCCGAAAGUCGUGACGACGACGACGACGGUGGAGGCGCCGUUGUCGUACGUGUGCGAGGCGCAGGAUGCUUUACGGUUUCAUAUGUGGCGCUCGGGCGAGGCGUACGCGGCGAAGGAGGCGGAGGACGCGGGUGAAGACGCGUUUGAGCCCGAGUUCACGCAUCAGGUGUUUCGAGAGGACGAGAGCGUGUUCGGAUACGCCGGAUUACGCGUGAACGUCCACGUUUCUAGGACCUCGCUAAAGGCAAUGCUUCGAAUGACGUACACGGAUAAGAUUAAGAGCGCGAUGAAUCCGGCCGAUCCGGUGGAGGAACAGUUGCGGGAGUGGUUUGACUCGGAUGGUUUGUGCGAGCUGUACACGGAUGAGGAGCGAUUUAAGGCGGAGGCGGAGAUGGCGGAACCGUGCUCGGGCGGUGUGGUCGUGAGCGAAAGUGAGAGCAAGGGUGUGGUGACUAAGAUCACCGCGUACGAGUUGGCGACGAACGAAGAGGCUAGAAAGUGGCACGCCGCAAUGGAGGCGUACGCGGUGUUCUUCAUCGAUGCCGCGAGUAAGAUUGACAACGAAGAUCCGCGUUGGACUUUGCUCGUUGCGACGCGACAUCACGCGGACGGACGUUGGGAGACCGCGGGUUUCACUACUGUGUACCGCUUUUACGCCUAUCCCGAGUCCGAACGGGCGAGAUUGAGCCAGAUUUUGGUGCUUCCGCCGUACCAACGUCAGGGGCUCGGCGGAAAGAUGCUCGAGGCUGUUCGUAAGAUCGCCAUCGAUCGUGAGAUGCGCGAUCUGACCGUUGAAGACCCCACUGAUCAGUUGCAGCGUCUACGGGACGUGCAUGAUGUCAAGGCGUGCCUGCAGGAUUCGGACAUAAUGGCAGCGGUUACGGGCGCGGCAUCGUCCGCCGCGCGCGCGCCCACGGCGGACGCAAGAAGGAUCGCGCUGUNNNCGAUCUUCGAUGCGGCGGCCUCGAAACUAAAGAUUUGCAAGCCGCAGAUGCGUCGAGUUUGGGAGGCACUGCUGUUCAUAUUCGCCAAGCGCUCAAAAGCGCCGGAGAAUAGCCCAGUGGCUGACGCUUUCAGAGAGCUCAUCAUUCGUCGCCUCAAGGCGAUGUACACGUCCAACUCCGAGAAGGAUGUUGGCACUAAGCGCAUCAUCCCGAUCGGAGACACCGAUUUCGUGAUGACCAAGGCGCAAGGUACCACGGGCGAGGCACCGCAGAUGGAAAAUCCCGAGGAAGGCCAGGCUGACAUCACCGAAGUCCUCGGCGAGCUCUUCUCCGAGUGCGUUCAAAAUUUGAGCUUCAUCCACGCCCAGUGUAAGGACGGAUGA